AACGGCCUUUCCUCCCUCCGCCUGCCUGAACAGGAAACCAGCACAGAGAGAGAGAGACAAGCAGAGACGCAUCCCCCUGAUCCUGGAGAGACUGUAGCCGUAUGGAAACAUGGCCGACGUGCCGCAGAUCGUCAAAAUCGGGAUUUCCCUCAAGAUGCUUCCCAACAACACGGCGGUGUACUUCAAGUCCGACGGCGCGCGGUUCGGACAGACGCGCACCAUCAAGCUGCUGACCGGGUCCAAGUACAAAAUCGAGGUGGUGAUUAAGCCGGGAGCAGUCGAGGCCACGACGAUGAGUAUCCACGGGGUGACCUUCCCUCUGGAGCAGCAGUCCAAAGACCCCCAGUCUGUGGUUUACAGCGGCCAGUACGACACCGAGGGGGUGGCGCACACCAAGAGUGGAGAGAGGCAACCGGUGCAGAUCAACAUACAG